CAUAGACAACGUUGGCAGCACUGACAAUUUCAAUAUGGCCACGAUUAUGUUUACAUGAUAUAUGUAAAUUAGUAAAUUUUUACAAUUUUCACUCUAUUAUAAAUAAUUGAUGUUAAUAAUACUGUAAUAUUAAUAUAAAAAAUUGACAAAGAAUAUUUCAAAAUAAUUUUGACUCGUUAAAAAAAAAAAUGGAUACCAUUCCAUUGACAAAUGAACAAGAGGAAUUUUUAAAAGAAUGCGAAAAAUUAUUUGAAGAUCGUUAUUCGGCGAAAGAUGAAGCAUUCAUGAAAGUGAAAAAUGGAGAAACAAAAAAACCACCGAUUAUUGAUCCAUGGCAUAAUAAACCAAGAAGACCACAAAACGAUUGGAAUCGUCAAAAUUAUCGACACAAUAGACACAAUUCUUGGGAACGACAUCAUGAACGAAGUGAAAGAUAUGAUCGAUAUGAUCGAUAUGAUCGACAUGCUGGAAGACAUGUUUAUCAACGUAAUUCUCGACCAUAUUGAAAAAAAAAAAAUUCCACAAAUUUUCACAUGCAUAAUAAAAAAAAUAAUAAUUAUUAUUUAAUUAGCUCUAUAAAAUGAUUUAAUUUUUCAAAUAUGUAAAUUUUUUUUUUCGAUCUCAAAUAAUUUUUGAAUUGUUAAUUUUUUUUUCUGUUUUAUCAAAAUUGUCUCUUGAUAAUUGCAAUUUUCAAAUCGUUAAAAAUUAAAAAGAAAUAAUAAUAAUAAUUUUUGUAUUUUCCUUUCUUUUUUUGUAGAGGAAAAAAUUUCGAUUAGCUAAAUUAAUUGUUAAUUUACGAUGAAAAAAAAAUCACCCAAUUUAAUUGUAAUUAUAGUUUAAUAUUUGUAAUUUGUAAAAUAUGAUAAUAAAAGUAUUUUAUACU